AUGGCUGUUGCUGUCAGUUGGUGUUUUCUUGUCUUGUUUCCUUGUUUGCAAGCCUUGAAUGUUUUCUCUCCUCCCAACGGUCAGAAACUCGAAAAGAUUGUCACUCACCCUCAAUCGGGAACCAUCUACGUAUCAGCGGUGAAUGCUGUUUAUCAAUUGACAAAAGACUUGAAAGCAGUACAGGAAUACAUCACGGGACCUAAACCGUCGGGUGAUUGUCUUCCUCUCUCAUUGGCAAACCAGAUAGGUUUAGGCUCGUCCAUGACGUGUGCCGAUGGCUUGCCGCCUAAAGACAGUCAUACACACUUAAUGAUUGUCAACGAGAAUGAUAACACGCUCAUUGUAUGCAACAGCGUCGAUUAUGGCGCUUGCAAUUUGCAUGAUUCUACAGAUAUUUCUCGUAUUGCAAUCAACAGCAGCGAGAUCGUGAAAAGAGCAAACUCUAGUAUUCCUAUUCCGCAGUUGGCAUUUUGGGCUCUACUAGCCCCAGUUGUUGUUUCAAUCUCCGACAAAGCUUCCAGUUCCGCAGUCAUUACAACGAAUCGUCGUGGAGAAUCUUUAUUAGUUGUAGCAACUCGUCGCCCUGCUCUCAUGGGCCAACUAGCCUUACCGCUUCUAACUGUGAGAAACUUAGGCAAAAAUGAACCACUCAAACCGUUAGGCAAGCUUGAUUUACCUGCGUGGAGAACGGCAUCCGGUGAAUAUUACUACCCGAGACAGUCGUUUAGUACUUUUUCGUAUGUAUACUUCACGUCAAUCCAGCAAACAUUUCCACUUAGAGACUCGCACAAGACCGUCAUAUCGCGUGUCUGUGUGGACGACAACGGAAUAGCGAAUAAACCUAUCUAUGCUAUUAGCUCACUGAAGUCAUACAUGGAAGCGGACAUUGCUUGUCGGUCUCCAAAUGGAACAAUGUUUAAGUAUCUUACAGCACAAAGCAUCACGUACCCUGGAGCGUCGCUGAGAAUGAUACUCAACUUGUCACAAUCGGACGGUAUGCUCAUCGCCGCGUUUGCUCAAGAAUUCGAUUAUAUCAGGGAUGAGGAGAGAGGACCAUCUGUUGUUUGUAUGUUUCUGUUGAAUGAAAUGGAGCAGCAAUUUAGAGUAGAUGAGAAUCGUUGUCGAGCUGGAAACGGAACGAUGGAAUUAACACGUGAAAGAACCUCUUUCCCCUGCUCAACAGUUGCACCACACUGGAGCAGCUCCAGUUGUUCUCCAGACGCGGGAUUGUAUUAUUAUGACGAAGUGAGACAACCAAUAGAGUCCGAACCCUUGUGGUACUUGCCUUCUUCUGUUGUCACAUCGACUGUCAGUACUGUCGUGGGUAAGAAAACAAUUUUGUUUGUUGGAACGGACAAAGGACGUAUUGUAAAGUUAUCGAUUGAUGACAGGGUUUCUGCAAGUUUUAUGGAAGAGAUACCUUUGGCUUUGCAUUUCGUUUCAAAGAUCUUGUCAAAUGGAUUGAUUCUCACCAACGACUCUCAUAUUUAUGCUUUGUCUGACACAAAGCCGUGGAUUUGUAUAUUGUGCGUCAGUCUUUUCUAUCUGGUUACUGUGUUUCUCUAUUGUCAAAGUGGAGGCUGA